AUGAAACAAACAAACAAGUUUACUAGACCUAAGGUUCAUACUGUAAUACAUGACAGUAGUGAAGAAUAUGAUACAAAUUGUAGUGAAAAUGGUCAUAAUGAGUAUGUAUUUGGUAUCCCAGAAAGUAAACUUCCCAGUAGUACAAUUAGUGUUGAUAAUGAGUUUGUCAGAUUCAUUAUAGAUACGGGUGCCUCAGUUAACAUUAUGGCAAGUGAAGUAUUUGAUAACUUUAAGAAAAAGCCUAUCCUUCAGAAAACACAUGUUAAAAUUUAUGGUUUUGGUAGUGACGAACCAUUGAAAACUAGAGGAGUCUGUAAGGUAACGUUCCAUGCAGAAAAUGAGGUAAAAUGUGAGGAUGAUGUUUACAUUGUUGAUGGAAAUGUUGGUAACAUACUCUCAUGGAGGUCGGCGGAAAAACUUAACUUGGUUAAGGUGACUUGUAACAAUAAUGCAAUGGGUAUUAGAGAUAUACAUAUUCCUACUAAUAAUGCAACAAAUGUUACUGAUAAUGAUGAUGGUGUACAGUCCAUACACUCAGAAAUUGUUGACAAGUACCCAAUUUUUGACGGGAUUGGAAAAUUUAAAGGGGUUGAAGUUAAACUACAUGUUGAUCCAACUGUAAAACCCACACAGCAAAAACACAGAAGGAUUCCGUUUCACAUAAGAAAAGAUGUAGAUAAAGAGUUAAAUAGAUUGAUGGAUUUGGAUAUAAUCGAAAAGGUAGAAGGUCCAACACCCUGGGUAAGCCCAAUCGUCGUCGUACCAAAAGGUAAUGGGUCUAUAAGAAUCUGUGUUGAUAUGAGACAGGUUAAUAAGGCGAUUCUCAGAGAACGUCACCCAAUCCCCACAUUAGAUGACAUAGUAAGUGACCUUAAUGGUGCCACUGUGUAUAGUAAAUUAGAUUUACGAUCAGGUUACCAUCAGUUACCCCUCCACGAGGAUUCUAGAUUUCUUACUACCUUUACCACACAUUCCGGUCUAUAUAGAUAUAAAAGGUUGAUAUUUGGUGUCAAUGCAGCUUCAGAAAUUUUCUCAGCUGAAGUAGGAAAACUGUUGUACGGGCUUAAAGGCUGUAAAAAUAUCUCGGACGACAUUGUUAUUUUUGGACGAAAUGAACAAGAACACGAUGAAAAUUUGAAAGCGACCUUAGAGCGACUACAGCAGCAUGGAGUUACGCUAAACAAAGAAAAGUGUGUGUUCAGAACACAUGAAGUAAAAUUCUAUGGUCAUAUUUUCAACAGUAAGGGCUUGGCAGUUGAUCCCCGGAAAGUUGAAGAUAUUCAAAACGUUCCACGACCAACGAAUGCAAGCGAAGUUCGAUCUUUUCUCGGACUAACACAAUAUGUGGCGAGAUUUAUCCCCGAUUAUGCAUCACUGACAACAUCGCUGCGUGAAUUGACGCGAAAGAAUGUUUAUUUCAAAUGGACAGACACCCAAGAACAAGCUUUUAUUAAACUUAAAGCCGCCCUCAUCAGCCCCACAGUGAUGACAUACUUCGACAUUCAGAAAGACUCGCAGGUGUUAGUGGAUGCAAGCCCAACAGGAUUAGCCGCUAUGCUCUGCCAAGAUGGCAAAGUUAUAGGAUACGCUAGCAGAUCGUUGACCGGUGUAGAACAGCGAUACUCGCAAACAGAGCGGGAAAUGUUAGCUGUCGUUUUCGGUGCUGAACCUUUUCAUUUGUAUUUAUAUGGAGCAAGAUUUCAGAUAAUGACUGACAAUAAACCAUUACUCAGCAUAUUCAGCCAUAACAAGCCAAUGAGCACACGAAUUGAACGCUGGAGGUUAAGAAUAAUGCCAUAUAAUUACGAGUUGGAAUACCGACCUGGACACGACAACCCGGCUGACUACUUAAGUCGACACCCAAACAAGACAACACAAGACACUGAAGAACAGCAAACUGUUGCGCAUGUUAAUUAUAUUGUACACAACGCAAUCCUAAAGGCGAUGAAACUGAGUGAUAUUGAGGCUGAAAGCAAAGUUGAUAGCCAACUACAGAAAUUGAAACAGGCAAUUGAACAGAAUAAUCAUGCGUUGUGGAACGAAGCUGAACUUCGCGAAAUUAAGCAGUUAAAAGAUGAGUUGACAGUAACAGACAACAUUAUACUCAGAGGACAUACUAUAGUUAUACCCAAAUCAUUACGUAAUAAAGUGGUAGAAAUCGCACACGCUAGUCAUCAAGGCAUUGUGAAGACGAAGGCCUUAAUUCGAGAAAAGGUCUGGUUUCCAGGGAUAGAUAAAUUAGUCACGGGAAAGGUAAAAGAAUGUGUUGCAUGUCAGGCAUCAAAUGCGCAAAAUGCAGAAGGCAUUGAACCCUUAAAAAUGUCAAGCAUGCCAAAAGCACCCUGGAAGGAAGUUCAAAUGGACUUUAAAGGGCCAUUACCAAAUGGAAAAUAUCUUUUGGUCGUAUACGAUUUAUAUAGCCGUUUUCCAGAGGUCGAAAUUGUAACAUCGACGUUGGCACAAGCAGUAUUGCCAAAACUCGAUGCUAUACUAGCCCGACAAGGCAUUCCAGAGAUCAUCCAAACCGAUAACGGUCCACCAUUCACAAGCAAUGAAUUUCGACAAUACGCAGAAUAUCACGGGUUUAAACAUAAACGAAUAACACCAUUGUGGCCACGUGCAAACGCGGAAGUAGAACGAUUCAUGUCAAAUUUAAAGAAAAAUCUCUUAACAGCAAGUAUCGAACACCGAAACACACAACAAGUGUUGUACGAAUACUUACGACAAUACAGAGCAACGCCACACACUACAACACAGAUAUCCCCAAUGGAACUUUUGAAUGGGCGAAAAAUUUCUACUCGCUUACCAGAGAUAAUUAUAGCUAGAAAUGACGAUGAGAUUCGUAAAGUCGAUUCAGAAAAUAAACAGAAAAUGAAAGAAUAUGAAGAUAGAAAACUUAAUACUAAGGAAAUUUGUCUAAAAGUAGGAGAUAGAGUAUUACUUAAGCAAAGGAAAGGAAAUGCAUUUACUCCACCGUUUGAUCCAAAGCCAUUUCGUAUUAUAGAAAGAAACGGUAAUUCCAUAAGAAUUCAGAGAAAUGACUUGCAACUUUGGAGAAAUGUUAGCCUUGUUAAAAAGGUACAGUAG